UUGAUUUAUUGUUAUGAUUUGUUGAACUAUUUUUUUUUUUUUAUGUAAGAACUUUUUUUGAAAAUAUGGAUCUUUUUGAUUUUUUAGAUGAUGAAUUUGAUGAUUUCCUUGGAAAUAUAUCACGUUUAAAAAAACAUCGUGAAAUUAGACCUCGAAUUAAUCAUCUUGUUGAAUAUGAUGAUGAACAAUUUAGGUCUAGAUUUCGAUUAUCAAAGUUAGCAUUUAAUUAUGUGCUUUCUUUAAUAGAAGACGACAUAAAACCAACAACUAAUUGGAACUCUGCUAUUUCCCCAGAAAAUAGAUUGCUACUUACACUGAAUUAUUAUGCAACUGGAUGUUUUUUGGGAGCUAUUGGAGAUAUGAGCGGUGUCAGCAAAGCAUCUGUGUCGAGAAUUGUUUUGAAUGUUUCUGUUGCAAUUGCGAAAUUAAGGCCAAAAUUCGUUAAAUUCCCAUCAAAUUUGCAGUCCCUUACUCACGGAUUUUAUAAUAUCGCCAAAUUCCCAAGGGUAAUAGGAAUUAUAGGCUGUACUCAUGUAAAUAUAAAAUCUCCAGGUGGAGAGUAUGCUGAAUGUUAUAAAGAUAGGCAUGGUAACUUUUCUAUGAAUAUUCAAAUGAUUGUAGACCAUGAUUUUAAAAUAAUGGAUAUUGUAGCUAGAUGGCCUGGUUCCAGUAAAAAACAAACGAUAUUCAAUAAUUCAAGAAUUAAGCAUCGUCUAGAGAACAAAGAAUUCCCUAACAAUAUGAUAAUAGGAGAUAGAGGAUAUAAAAACACUAAAUAUUUGUUAACUCCACUCCAUAAUCCCUGCAACCCAGCAGAAAUUAUUUACAAUGAGUCACUACAAAAGACAAGAAAUGUGGUUGAAAGAACAUAUGGUGCUUGGAAAAAUAGAUUUCCAGUGUUGUCAAAAAAAAUUAUAUUACAUCCAUCAAGAGUACAAGCUAUUAUUGUGGCUUGUGCCGUACUUCAUAAUAUUGCCAUUAUGUCAGGGGAUGAGCACUUCCAGGAUGAUUCAGAACAAAACCAUCAUGUUAAUGACACACAUAGGGAAAUAGACAAUAACUUAGAAAAUGGUACAAGAAAUAAUAUAAUAGAAUAUUACGAAUCAUUACUGUAGAUAUGAUACAGUCAGGUUUAAAUGAAAGUAUAUAUCAUAGGUUUUAUUUGACUGACUUGGUUGUUACUUGGUGGUAAUCCAUUUAAUUGAUAUUAAAUACAUGUUAAGCUUACUGUUCAUAGUCAUGAUAUCCGACAAUACGUUGAUUUCAAAAUGCCACAAUUGGAUGGAUUAUUUGCCGCCAUAACUUAUUCGAAAUAAUCAACCAAUUGCAUUUUUGUGUCAUCAAAUCGUGACUAAGAACAAAAAGCUUUAUUCUAAUUUCCACUGCUUUAUUAUGUAAAUAACAAUUGUUGUAGUAUAUAGUAACUUGUCCAGAUUUCUUAUAUUUCGAAUUACUAAGUGAUGGACAAAUUUCAUAUAUACAUAUUAUAGAGAUAGGUAUAUGUUAACAACAAAAGACUGAGGGAAUAAAGUAAUAAUUUUUUAGAAAACCUUUGAAGAGGUUAAUUGUUAACGUUGGUUAUUAAGCAUAUUCCCAUUUUAUUAUAUUUGUUUAUUUCUAAGUAGGUAAGGUUAUAAACAUAGUGGCGACAAUUCGUCAAAUUGAGCCUAAAAAUGGCGAAUGGGGACAUAACACUUAUUGCGUAUUCGACUGGCUACACCAGUUCGAAUAAAUUCGAGCUAAUUAUGUGAUUUAGCUCUAUAAAAAUUCGAAUUAAUCCGCACAGUUGAAAACGCUAUCAAUAAUACAAUUGACUUAACUGAACAGACAUACAUCAAAAUUAUUGGGCCUGAUAGUA